ACGGAACCCGUGCACUAACCCGGUGACGCAGCUUCACAGGCCUUCAGCCCCAACACAGUCGUUCCACCGCCCCGCUCGUCUUCACGAGGGCCACCGAUGGACAACAAUCACGUCGCCGGCAGCAGCGGGGAGAGUAAUACGAACCCGCUCCUGGCCGUCGGCUCACCGCCAAACGAAGGGCAGACGUCCAAGACCGGGCUGAGUGGCGCCACCGCGACAGACACUGAAAGCAUUGGCCAAGGCUCCCGGCACUCCAAGCGCAGCUUCAUGGGCAGAAAAAGGGCGGGCAGCACUACGAGCAGCAAGCGCCUGCAGCAGCGUGCCGCAACCUCGGAGAAGGUCACACACGCGGCGCCAGUCGCCCCCACAACCAACCGUGAGGGUUCCAUGCGAAGCAAAAAGAGAGGCGGCGGCGGUCUUCUCUCCUGCCUGCCUUGCUUUGCGCCGAAGGAGUCCCGAGCAACAGAAGAUGUUGCGCCUCCAGAGAAUGUCAAGCGGACUGAGAACGUGCCGGCCGGACGCACGUCGCAAUCGACGCCCGUAAAAAAGCAGGAGCCCAAUCCUGCCGAAUCAAUCACUGCUGAAUCAAAAGAACCCCUAGAUGAGAAGGCGGGUGUUGAGGCUUAUGGCACGGGUGUUGCCGAGAAGCCCAAUCACGGUGAUGGCACGACCGAGCGCCAGUCACAUGAUAUCUCGCCGCCUCAGAUCGUCACAAGAAGCGCGUCCAAGAAGAUGCAGGCACAGACGGAGUUCCCACCGCUCCCUGGCCAGCCCGGUUUCCUGCAGACGGAUCAUCCCCAGAUCAAUGUCACGACUCCCACGCCCGGAACUACUCCGGUACUGCCCACCGUGCUGCCGAGGCCCUCUGUUGAUCAGCAAAGGAUCAUCGAAGAUCAGACCGAGGAGCAAAAGCAGAUCGAUGCUGACAUUGAGAUGAAGGACGUGCCAAUCUCGACCAACGACGUUCACCAAGAAGGCGAAGACCCGGUAGCAGCAGCGCAGUCUGACCACCCCAAGAUCGAUCUUCCUCCCCCGCCUCCCGUUGAGCAAAGACAGGAUGCUGUGCACAAGCAGAUUUCAGACGUCUCGGAAGCCUCGGAGCCACAGAAGUAUCUGCUCGGCCCAAUAGCACCAAGGUUCACGGGAAAGAAGUGUCUGGUUCUCGAUCUCGACGAGACUCUGGUUCACAGUAGCUUCAAGAUCCUGCACCAGGCCGACUUCACCAUCCCAGUUGAAAUUGAGGGACAGUACCACAAUGUGUAUGUCAUCAAGCGCCCAGGUGUCGACCAGUUCAUGAAGAGGGUUGGCGAGCUGUACGAGGUCGUCGUCUUCACGGCAUCCGUCUCUAAGUAUGGCGACCCACUUCUCGACCAGCUUGACAUCCAUGGUGUUGUACACCACAGGCUGUUCCGAGAGAGCUGCUACAACCAUCAGGGCAACUACGUCAAGGAUCUUUCCCAAAUCGGUCGCGACCUCAAGGAUACCAUCAUCAUCGAUAACUCGCCCACGUCGUACAUCUUCCACCCGCAACAUGCCGUCCCGAUCAGCAGCUGGUUCUCUGAUGCCCACGACAACGAACUCCUCGACUUGAUACCCGUCCUUGAGGACCUUGCUGGCAGCCAGGUCAGCGAUGUUAGUCUGGUGCUUGAUGUCGCUUUGUAAGCGAAGUGGAAAACGAGGAUGAGGAAUACCCCUUGCGCAUACCCUUUUUUACUACCCUGACAUACCCUUUCCUUUGGUCAUCCUUUCCUCCCGGAAGGGGAGUUUAGACCGUACGUUUGUAAUCAGUCUUGUAAUCUGCAGCAUGAGGCGGGUCCACCCGACACACAUCAGAGCUUAGCUGGAAGAAUGACAGUUCUUUC